CAAUUCUAGAAUCACCCGAAAUUUCGAUUAUCCGGUCUCCGCCUUCCACCGUCUUAUAUAGCCUACAAAAGCACCUCCGUCCAGAUAACCACCCGCGACCAACCUCUCUCAUCCACACCUCCCGAAUCAUCUCCUAGCCGCCGCUUCCCAGUCACUUCACCAUGGAAGACACGACAUCCACCACAAUCCGCCCCUCAGCGGCCACCACCAACCCGCCCAGUGUGGAGAACGCCUACAAGCGCAAAUGCCUUGCCUUGAAGAAGCGCCUCAACGAGAUCGAGGAAGAGAACGAACAGAUGCGCAUCCGCAACCGGCGCGGCUGGCAGUACAUCCAGAAGAUGCGCCUGGAGUCGUGCAUCUUGCUCGAACGCCUGGCCAAGGUCACCGGCAUGACCGAGGAGGCGUCCUCGCAGGCCGGGGCCGCCGCGAACCCGGAACUGCGGGCUCGCGCCGUCGCGCUGAUGAGCAACGCCUCGGCGUUGAAUGGGCUGGCUGCCUCGUCGGAGGGGAAGAAUGGGGCCGCUGGCGGCGGCGCGUAUCUGGAUGAUGAGACGGAGGGGAGUUCAGAUGAGCAGCCUCCUACUCCUCAAGAACGACCUCUCCGCGUGAAACGAUCCCGAAAAUCCAACCUCCCCGACGGCGUCGGCGCCGACGACGAAGGCAGCGCCGCCGCCGCCGGAACCGCCAGUAAUGACGCUGCCGACAACGGCGACAACAACACCGAUAAUAACGGCAGUCUGCCCCGGCUGGCCCCGGCCCCGUCCCAGGACGAUCUGAGCUCCACAUUUCGGCUUGGGGCCGGCCAGCACCCAGAAUCCGAUGAGCGCGGCACGAGUCAGAAUCCGGAAUCCGGCUCGAGAACCCGUCGAGCCUCCAACGCUGCUGCUGCUGCCGCCGCCGCCGCGGAUGACGACGACGACGAUGACGACGCCGCAGCUGAGGGAGACGAGAAUGAGAACGAGGCUGGUGAUGCAUCGGUGGAACCUUCGUCGACGCCGAUGGAUGUGGAUGCCAAGGAACCGAAGGAGGAGAGCUAGGGACAAGCUGCGUAAUGCUAGCAACUUGCCUUCCAUCUUCUUCUUCAAUUCAGAUUCAGUCUUACAAUUCUCCUUGUCUUUUCGGGUCUCGAUUCCCUCCUUCGCCCCUUCGCCCCCUUUCCUCUAAUUGUAUAAACAAGGACUACGGAGCGGGCGAAAACCGGU